AUGACGGGUGAGGAACGAAUUGAAGAAAAACGCAAGAAAAGAGCCGGCUCUCUACUAUGGAAGUUUGAAAUCCUUUGCUGGCUAGGCAGCGUCUGUUUCUUCGUUGGGGUGGUGGUGGCACUGUUACAAUUUAAAGAUCGCCCGCUUCCUGAGCUGCGGCUGCAUAUCACGCCGAAUGCUAUUAUUGUGCUUCUCGCGACUUUUUGCCAGGCGUUCAUGAUGGCGUCGGUGAGUGCAAGUAUUGGCCAACUCAAGUGGGCAAGGGUGCUCCGUACGCGGCCUUUGUUCGAGAUGAAUGUGCUGGAUCACGCUUCCCGAGGACCUUGGGGAAGUUUUCUACUUCUACUCCGGCGUACAGGCGGCGGCCUUGCAGCCCUUGGGGCAAUCAUCACCAUCACCUCUCUCGCGAUGAGUACAUUCUUCCAGCAGGCACUCGACUACCACACGCAAUGGACCUCAUCGGGGGAAGCCACAGUUCCAAUCGCGCAGAACAUGCUCGGCAAAGGCGAAGGGACAUUGUUCUACGACAACGAGCAAGUGUGGACGGACAACUUCGACACCGCACUCCAAUUUGCACCGUACAAAGCAAUCUACAGUCCCCCGCGCACAAAUUUCACAGCGACAGCCACCUGUGACACGAGCAAUUGCACAUGGCAGUCGUUCGAGACGCUCGCCGUAUGCAACACCUGCGUGAACCUAUCUUCACGACUGGACAAGACCAGGAUUGAGGUUACCGCGCCGAUCAAGGCCUAUGAUGUCUACACGAAUCAUUACACCCUGCCCAACGGAUUCGGCCUAACCGGCAUCCAGCCGCAAUUCGUAGGGACUGAAGCCAUGUACGACGGAGUUCUGAACAUGACCACCUCCCGCACAGCAAACUACUCGGUCCCAGGCGAGGCAGUUGUCUAUUGGGACAGCGUCGCCUUCAAGGACAGUGGCUCCAAGCUAAUAAGCUUUUUUGUCAUCGGGCCGGCCCCUAACUCCAUCCCAGAACAACCAGAUGCGGCGUUCCUUCCCCAGCACAGCUUAGACAUGAGCGGGUCACCUCAAUUUGCCCCCCCCCUACAGCGUUUGAGUGUCUACUCCAGUUCUUGUGGGGGACAGGGAGGGACGGGUAAACGACUACUAUACGCAUACCUAGGCAGUCGGCAUUGCUUGUUAACCAAUGGUGCAGAGGCAGGCACUCUAUUGGCUAGACUUGCUCUACGCCGAUUAGACCGGACUACGAAUCGAAGGAGCCGACCGAUAGCAGUCGGAUGGUUUAUCGUAUUUAUUGUUAAGCUUUAG